UAUAUAUGCACAAGGCUAUAUAUAUAUGCAUGUGAUGGAAAGGAAAUUACUCAUUAGAGAAAUUAAAUUUUAUUUUCUAAUUAGCCAUGAAGGGAAGUCAUGAACCCCGUUCAAGCUCAUCUUGCGCAGCUUGCAAGUCACUCAAGAGAAGAUGCACUCCCACCUGCAUUUUCGCACCCUAUUUCCGCUCCGACGAGCCCAAAAAAUUCGCCCAAGUUCACAAAGUGUUCGGAGCAAGCAAUGUGAGCAAGAUCCUAACCGAAGUCCCCGAGGAUCAGCGCGCGGACACGGUGAAUUCGCUGGCUUAUGAGGCCGAAGCAAGGCUGAGAGACCCUGUUUACGGCUGCAUUGGCGCCAUAUCUAUGUUGGAAAGGAAGAUGAUUCAGUUACAGCAUGAUCUGGCCAUUGCUCGAGCUCGUCUCGUUUGCUAUGCUCCGAAGAAUUCGCCCUCAUCGUCGUCGUCAUGUUCUUGUUGUCCCAUGUUAGAUGAGGGUACUUUCUCUGGAUUUCCGGCUUGGAGUGGAUUAAACGGUAACAAUUUCAGCCAGAACGCAUCUGAAUUGAUCAGCCAGCAUGGACAAACUAGUGAUUUUAGCUAUUCGUCAUAUAUACUCUGAAUUCGUGCUCUCUCUCUCUCUCUCUCUUUGUUGGUAAUUUGAAAUGUGUGGACUUAAUUUCUCAUAAAAAUGAACAAUUGGGAAGUAGGAAUUAUGUGAUUAUUGACACACAAUAUUACACUACAGAUAUCGGAAACAUAAUGUACAAUAAUUACGAAGCAAAACAACUAUUCAGUUACAAUAA